UAGUUUCUACAGUCUAUUCUGAGUCCAAAGAAAAGUGGGUUGCACUUUACGCAUCUUUUAAGCACACGAUCCAAGUUUAAUGACAGUGCAUUUAUUUUUUGAUUCAUGAUUUCCUAUUUUUUUUUAACAGCUGGAUCAGUUUUUGGUUUAAAGUUAUUGAUUUCAUGGUGUCUAAUUCAAGUAAAAUCAACCACAGCGCCCUGUUAUGCUUCUCUUAAACUAUCGAAAUAAAGUGCACUGAAAGUUGCUUCCUGACGUGUAAACCAGAGGCUGAUUACAUCUCCCUCCUGGCCUUGAAUGAGCACUCUCCGGCUAGUGACGCUCAGUGGUGUAAACAGAAACAGUCAGCCUGAUGACUCACCCGUCUUUGCUUUGCAAAAAUAGCAUGUCAGAGAUGAAUUACUUCUGACAAAAUUGAAUAUGAAUGAAAAGAAUGCAGAAGUGAAUACAUUUCACAAAUCAUCUAUCGUGACAAGUCACGAGUGAAAAAAAAGGCGUUUAGGUCCUCAGGCAUGAUUGUUUUUCUUAAAGCCACAGCGCUCUCUUGCCAAUAAUAAAUUCAGUGUUUUAUGUGUAGUGAAGAGCUGAAAUGGUUUACCUCAAUGGAUCUUUCUAACAGCCGACAUUUUGUAUUGUCUCAGUAGAAAAAGCACAGGCGCUGCUAAUAACAUUAACUAUGGCUCUGUGCUGUGGCCGUAAGCUAUGAUUAGAAUACGCAAUACCAGGACUAUGGAUGAAUAAGGAAAACUAAACACAGUGUGGGAGACAGGGCCCCGUCACUCUUGCAGAUUGUUCAGUGGCACACAUAGACUGCAUACACCUUACAUACAUGUGACCUUAUUAAGGUGACAGUAUGGACUCACAUCAAUGUAUCUCUAUCCUGAUUGACAUGCUGCUGUAAUGGUGACCUGAAUUAACCUCAGGGUACACCCUAGCAUCCCUACUUUAUCGUCCAAUUCUAAAAAUGUUACCAAACUAACAAGUUACUGCACUGGAUACAUCUUUAAACUGUAGCUGUAACUGUAGAAACUAACCAGGAAAAUGUUAACUGAGUGAAUAAAUCAAUUAGGAAGAAGGGCCUUUUUCCAAUCGUAUUAGAAUCUGACUUCCUUUUGCAACUAGCUCAAUCUCCCUCUAGUGGCCAUCAAGGAGAAUGCAGUUUUAAGGCACUUCCACAUUGGCCUCCCCUUCACCCAUGCAGAUAUAGUGAGAUAUUAUUUUUGACAGGUGUGCAUCAUGUUACAGACCCGGAAAGUUGUUACACAGUUUGACCGCUGUGCGUAAAUUGGUGUAUUGAACAUACUGGGGCCUCACAAGGACAACACCUCCCCAGCUAAAUGGAACGCAGGCAUUGGUAAUGUUCCAGUUUACGCUUGAGCUUUUCUUACUAUGGCAUCAAGAUCAGCUGUGCGUCAGACUUUCAGUACACUAACUGUUUUGGUGUUAUUUGGCCUUCAUGAUCAGUACUCAUCAACUGGCUAACAGGUUGUUUACUUUGUGGGUGGCACUUUUCCCAAGUAUUACAGGGGAUAUCAGUGAAUUCCUAGAACAAAGGAGGAACAGAAAACAUUCGGGACUUGAAGCACUGCCCCCAACUCAUCUCCCUCUCUGUCCUCAUCACUCUUCAACACAAACACAAACACACACAUUGAAUCAAAGCCAGCGGUGGUGAACCAGGGUUCCUGUGUAAUGGGUAAACACAAAUCAGUGGUCUGACUAAGGUCGCUCACCCUGCCUGAGGUUGUGUCCUCUCAUGAUUCACCAAGGCAGGAGCUGUUGACAGACUGAUGGAAAUGUACAUUUUUAUCUAUUUAUUUAAAAUUGGAACGACUCCUUUAAUGUCCAUAACUGCUUUAUGAGCCUUUUAAUCUAUAUGUUGUUUCUUUUAUUUUUCGUUGUUUUCCUGCUGCUCUUGUCUCUGUAUAGUCCCAUCCACAGAGCCGUGAAGCACAACCUACAGGGGGUCGAUAACCUGCGCUCACCGUGCUAUAUUUGAACCUCUGGACCCCAGGACAGUUUGGUAGCACACCAACGCUUUACAGUCUUUCUCGUCCUGACGCCCACACCUCAGGGUGGAGUCUGAGACCAACCAAAGUGCUCGGGACACUGCAGACAGGGAGGCCUGGCUGGCUGAAUGCACUGAAGGAUGGCCGUGCCUUGGAAAGUAAUAGCAGGUGGACUGCUACUCGCUUUGCUGGGAUGGGGAGCCGAGGGUCAGGGAUACAGACCGGGUAAGGUAUCAGGCAGCGCAACCCUCUAUCUGGGCCAGGAGAGAGACAUCUGGAGGCCGCUGAUCCACACAACAGUCAACCUCAGUGAGAUCACCAGUAUCAAAUCAUCCUUUCAAUUAAGGACGUUUGAUGCAGAAGGUGCAAUUUUCUACGGAGACACAAAAAAUGGGCAGGACUGGUUUAUCUUAGCCCUAAAGGACGGGAUACCUCUGAUGCAAAUCAGCAAAGAAGAGAUGCUUGUCAGUGUGAUGGGCGGACCCAAGCUUAAUGAUGGAAAAUGGCACACACUGGAGGUGAGCAAUCAAGGGAAGUUUGUGGUUCUAGAGGUGGACGGCUCCAAUGGGCUGGUGGUAGGCAUGCAGCAAAAAAAGAAUGAGAAGCCUCUUACAGGUGAACUCCGACUGGCCGUGGGCGGGCUCCUGAUCGACAGGGGAGAGUUGUUUGUUCAGUUCGAGCCCCAGAUGGAUGGCUGUGUGCGGGAAGGCAGCUGGCUGAACCUCAGUGUUCCCUGGGAGGCAGAGGCAGGGGAGCUCUGGCCUUGUUACCAACAUAUCCAGCCUGGCAGCUAUUUCCCUGGCACUGGAUUUGCCAUUUUUAAUACCUCAGAUUUCCCCAUCAUGGAAGGUGAUGGGGUUAAACUUGAGAUAAAGGGAGAUUUCAGUAAGAUGGAUGGGACCAUUUUUAGCAUCAAGGCUCCUGGGCAACCACUCAUGUUCGCUUUAGUUGCCAGUAAUAACACAAAGGAGAUUACACUCAAUUUCGGCUCAGAUAGCUUCAAUAUGAAAGACACCUUCAAGAAUCUGGCGAUAAUCAUUCAGAUGGACUUAAUUCAAGUGAUUCAAGAUGGGGAUGAAUUAAAGACAACCAGGUUCCCCAUCAGUCCGACAGGCCAACAGGACUAUCUGAUCUCAUGGAGGGAGGGUCAUCUUGCCUUUGGUGGGCUCUUAGGUGAGGGUGAGGGUAACGUUGGCUCCCAGUUUCUGACAGGCUGUCUGGAGAAGAUCCAGGUUCAGGGGAGGGAUUUGGACCUGGAUUUAGCUGUCAAACACAUGUCAAUCUCCUCUCACAGCUGUCCAGCAUAAACCACAAGAAGUAUGCAUCAGUAAUACAUGAACAAUGUUUUUUAUUGGAUGCCUUUGGGUAAUAAAGCCAUUAAAAUAUAAUGUGUACAAAUGGCAAAACCGUCACAAUAUCACUGUACAAAGCAACAUUAUACCCUAAUAGCAAUAUAUUUUCUUUUAUGAUGAUCGCCAUUCUGUAUUUAAAAGUGGUGUUUCUACUAAAAAUCUGAUGAGUUCAUACUAAAAUGUUCAAAUGUUUUGCAGUAAUUAAGAAUUCUAACACAUUUUAGAGAUUUAUGUGUUGUGACCGAGGUGCAUGUAUGUUUAUGAAUUAAAAAUAUAAUUCCUAUUAAAGUGGUAUUCAUUUUA